CGCGAGGGGGGCGGGGCGACGCGGCGGCCGUGGCGGCGGUGGAGGGGCUGGGGGGCGGUUGGCGGCCGUUAGUGGCCGUUAGGGCCGUUGGGGGCCGUUAGGGGCCAUGGCGCACCGCUACCUGCUGCUGGCCCGGGGCGGCUGCUGCCGUCGGGGGCUGCCCGGGGCCCGGCUGCUGUGCGGGAGGGGCCUGCUGACCGCUAGGCCCGGCCUGGCGCAGUUCCGUGAAGAAGUUACCACUGGUGUUACAUCUGACCGAAGUACUGUCUUGGCGAGUGUAAUUGCUGCUUGCAGAAGGCUCUUUUCUCAGCCUCCCAAAGGAUUUGAAAAAUAUUUUCCCAAUGGGAAGAAAGCUAAUGGAACUAAAGGCGCAGCUGGAGAAACAAAAGAAGCAAAGCAAGCUAGUGCCCGACAGCCUAGUGGGACUAGUAGUGGAGGAGGUGGCACUGGUGGAAAAAAAGGCGGCAAGAAAGAAGACACUAACUGGUGGACCAGAUUACAAAAGGGUGACAUUCCUUGGGAUGUCAGGGAGUUUCGUAUGUACGUAGUGGGAAGUUCUUUCUUCUGGACGAUGGUUGUAUAUUACUUCUUCUUCAGGGUGCCUGGGAGAGAAAUCACCUGGAAAGACUUUGUCAAUAGCUACCUUUCCAAAGGAGUGGUGGACAGACUUGAAGUGGUGAACAAGCGCUUUGUUAGAGUGAUCUUUGUUUCAGGAAAGUCUCCUCAUGAAUGGCAGUACGUGUGGUUUAAUAUCGGUAGUGUGGACACCUUUGAACGGAAUCUUGAAACUGUGCAGCAGGACCUGGGAAUUGAAGUGGAGAACAGGUUACCUGUAGUCUACUCAACAGAGAGCGAUGGAUCGUUUCUCCUGAGUUUGCUGCCUACAAUCCUUAUUAUCGGGUCUUUACUGUACACAUUAAGAAGAGGUCCUGCAGGUCUAGGUCGAGCAGGGCGCGGAAUGGGUGGACUUUUCAGCGUGGGUGAAACCACAGCCAAAGUCCUUAAGGAUGAAAUAGAUGUUAAAUUCAAAGAUGUAGCUGGCUGCGAGGAGGCCAAAUUAGAGAUAAUGGAGUUCGUUAACUUUCUGAAAAAUCCCAAGCAAUAUGAGGAUCUGGGAGCAAAAAUUCCAAAGGGGGCAAUUCUGACCGGUCCUCCAGGUACUGGAAAAACACUUCUAGCUAAAGCUACAGCUGGAGAAGCUAAUGUACCUUUUAUCACAGUCAACGGCUCUGAGUUCUUAGAGAUGUUUGUUGGUGUCGGUCCAGCUCGAGUCCGAGACUUAUUUGCUCUUGCUCGUAAAAAUGCCCCGUGCAUUCUCUUCAUUGAUGAAAUAGAUGCAGUAGGAAGGAAGAGAGGAAGGGGAAACUUUGGAGGACAAAGUGAACAGGAGAACACACUCAAUCAGCUUCUAGUAGAAAUGGAUGGAUUUAAUACAACCACAAAUGUAGUAAUUUUGGCAGGUACCAAUAGGCCGGAUAUUUUAGACCCUGCUCUAAUGAGACCUGGACGCUUUGACAGGCAGAUCUACAUUGGCCCCCCCGAUAUAAAAGGAAGAGCAUCUAUUUUCAAAGUUCACCUUAGACCUCUGAAAUUAGAUACCGUCUUAAAUAAAGAUAACCUAGCAAGAAAACUCGCAUCGCUGACGCCUGGCUUUUCUGGUGCUGAUAUUGCUAAUGUUUGUAACGAAGCUGCUUUAAUUGCUGCAAGGCAUCUCUCAGAUGCUAUAAACCAAAAGCAUUUUGAGCAAGCAAUUGAAAGAGUCAUUGGAGGUUUGGAAAAGAAAACACAAGUACUGCAACCAGAGGAGAAAAAGACUGUAGCAUAUCAUGAGGCAGGGCAUGCAGUUGCAGGAUGGUUUUUGGAACAUGCUGACCCACUCCUAAAGGUAUCUAUUAUCCCACGUGGUAAAGGACUGGGUUACGCUCAGUAUUUACCAAAAGAACAGUAUCUUUAUACCAAAGAGCAGCUACUUGACAGAAUGUGCAUGACUCUGGGAGGACGUGUAUCUGAGCAGAUCUUCUUUGGAAGAAUUACCACUGGUGCCCAAGAUGACUUGAAGAAGGUGACACAGAGUGCAUAUGCUCAGAUUGUCCAGUUUGGUAUGAAUGAAAAAGUCGGGCAGAUUUCCUUUGAUCUCCCCCGUCAAGGAGACAUGGUAUUAGAGAAACCUUACAGUGAGGCAACUGCCAGAUUGAUAGAUGAAGAAGUUCGGUCGCUUAUUAACAUUGCAUAUGACCGGACAUUAAGCCUUCUGACUGAGAAGAAAGCAGAAGUAGAGAAGGUUGCCCUACGACUACUGGAAAAGGAAGUGCUUGAUAAAAGUGAUAUGCUGGACCUGCUUGGCCCGAGACCGUUUGCAGAAAAGUCCACUUAUGAAGAAUUUGUCGAAGGUACAGGAAGUUUGGAUGAGGAUACUUCACUGCCAGAAGGCCUUAAAGACUGGAACAAAGAUCGAGAAAAAGAGAAAGAGGAGACAACAGAUGAACAGGUCGCUAGGCAGAUCAGCGGAGGGAUACCCUUUUAACUGCAACGUGUGCGGUGAUGCGGACUUGCACUCUGGGAGAGAAAUAAACUCACCUAGUUUGUACUUCCAAAACAAGCAAAUAUUUAUUCAACCAAACUGUAUUAGGGAUGGCUGGAAGAGUGAUGCCUGGUGAUGAGACGAGGAUAUUCUGCUCCCGGCUUACAUAUGUGAUAUCAUCAGUUCACUGGUAAAAGAUGAUCAUCCUUCAUUUAUCAGCUGAAGAAACAUGCAGUGGAUGAGCUGCAGUGGAAUGCCAGAACUGAACCUCUCAAACACGGAAACAGUUCAGAUUCAUGCACAAACUUUGUGGCACUGGUCUCUUUUUUUUUCAAAUGUAUGUACGCUUAUUUUAAAAAAAAGUUUUUGAUUAUUGAUCUAAAAUAGACCUGUAUGUGACUCGUUUCCAAAGCAGAAUCAUACAAAAUGCAUUGUUGAAUACUUGGCCAACAGUCUGAUCUUAGAAAGUGCUAGCUUUGCAGAACUAACAGCUUUUUCAUCUGACCCUUUUUCUCCCCGCCCUUCAUUUUGAUUUUAAAAAGAAUUUGUUUACAGAGCACUGCCAUGUAAGUUGACAGUGAAACUGAACACCCGCUUAAAUAUCUUAAAACGUACUCAUGGUUCAGUGUCCUUAAGUCUGAAACUUAGUUUGGCUCCUGCAGUUUUAUUGGUCAGGUUUUUUUACAGAGUUCUGUAAGAUAUUGAACAUAUGAAUGUGUUGUGUAAAUACAGUUUGAGACAAUAAAAUCAGUACUUUUCUGA